AUGUAUUAUCAACAAUACAAUGAACCAUUGAAUUACCAGCUUGAUGAUAGCAGUGAUGAAUUAAUACCAUUGGAACAUAAUGACUAUCCACUGAUAUCAGUUGUAGUAGUCAGUGUUCCAGCAUCAUUAACAACAGAUACAAUGAUACCUUGCACAACAAGUACCAGCAGUACCACAAUUCCAGGAAUAACCACUACAAUUAGUAGUACAUUAACUCCUUUCAUGAGCAGCUAUGCAUUCAUCCACUCCACAACUGCUGUAACAACAGAAUCAACAAAAUUCUUCAUAACAUCAACAUCAAGUAUCACUAAAGAUAGUCUUACAAUAGGUACUACAUCAGUGAUGAGUACACCAGUUAGUACAUUACAAAGUACUGGCAGUAAUACACUAAUAAUAGCAGGAAGUAUUAGUACAGUAUUUAUAUUACUGGUAGUUACUAUACUAGUAAUAUUAAUAGUGAGUGUAUUAGUGUAUAAAAGACGACACCUAAAGCUAACAUCAAGAGGUAAUUAUCAAAUGGAUACACAUUCAACUGAGACAGAACUGAUUAACAUGUCUAAUCCUACCUACCAACCACAAGGUAUGAAUCCAUUUCCAUAUGAAGAGCCAAAACCAACUAUUUGUCAAACUGAAAAUGAAACUUAUAACUUAUUAGAAGAAGCACUCACCGUUCCCACAGCAAAUGAACGUAUGGGUGGAGGAAAACAGCAACAAGACAUUUAUUCCACAUUGAUGAAUGAGCAGUAUUCCUCUCCAUAUUCAAGACUUGAUCAUACUGGUGGUAAUGGAUUCUUUAUAGAAGAUACUGAGUACUGGGAACCUGAUAGUAAUACUGAUGGUAUAUACCAACAAUUAUCUGAUAGGAAAUACAGAGAAAUUAUAAGACACCAAAUAAAAGUAACAGAUUAUUUAGGAUCAGGACAGUUUGGUACAGUUAAUAAAGGACUAUGGACUACACCUACUGCUGGAUCAGUCUCUGUUGCUAUUAAAACACUUAAUGAUAAUACUUCAGAGGAUGAGAGAGUAAAGUUUCUACAAGAGGCAGCCAUUAUGGGUCAGUUUCAUCAUCCUAAUGUUGUUAAACUACAUGGAGUGGUCACCAUUGGACAUCCUAUAAUGAUAGUACUGGAAUUGAUAUCUGGAGGUGACUUGAAAGAGUAUCUUAACAAAUUUAAACCAUCUCCUGGGGAGUUAGUAUUAUCAUCAGUUCCUUCUAUUUUGCUCUCAUUCUGUCGUCAAAUUGCUUCAGGAAUGGAGUACUUGUCAAAGAAGAAGUUUGUUCACAGAGAUCUUGCAGCAAGAAAUAUACUAACAAUUGGACUUUAUAUAGUAUGGUCUCAGAUUGCUGACUUUGGUAUGUCAAGGGAUCUACAAGAUGAAUCUUAUUAUAUUUCACAAGCAAAAAAGAUUCCAAUAAAAUGGACAGCACCAGAAGCAUUACAUUAUAAGAAAUAUUCCAGUGCUAGUGAUGUGUGGAGUUAUGGAGCUGUAAUGUAUGAGAUUUGGUCUUUAGGACAUAAACCAUUUGAAAACUCUACUAAUCAAGAAUGCAUUAGACUGGUUGAUUCAGGCUAUAGAUUACCACCUCCUCCAGGAUGUCCUAAACCAAUGUAUAAACUAAUGAUGCAAUGCUGGAAUCCUGAUACUCAUGAUCGUCCAAGUUUCUCAGAUAUAUCAUCAAGUCUAUCCUCACCUGAUAAACAAUUACUAAUGAUUAAUAAAGAGGGUCCUGUUACUGUACUGGGUGGAGCUUUAGAAACAAGCCACUCCCUCUACACCGACUUACAGUACAUGUACAAGAACUGAUUGAUUGUGUAGCCAGUUUAUAUACUUGUACAUUGUAUUUAAUGGUUUGUUUUCCGUACAUUAAUAUUAUUAAUUGUAUGUUGCUGCAUUUUUAUUUGCUAUAAUGCAUUCUAUAGUUAAUGAUGAUAUUGUAAAGCAA